CUGCUUAUCUCCCUCCCUUUACCAGGGUUUUGGCUGGAAACAAUGAAGAGCCUUUCUCAUAGGUUGUUUGAGGACUUGCCCGUGCCCACUGCGGAGAAUCUCCAAUGAACCCAGCAACAUGUCAUACGUGAAAGAGACCGUGGACCGACUGCUCAAAGGAUAUGACAUUCGCUUGCGGCCGGACUUUGGAGGGCCCCCGGUGGACGUCGGGAUGCGGAUCGAUGUCGCCAGCAUAGACAUGGUCUCGGAAGUGAAUAUGGAUUAUACACUCACCAUGUAUUUCCAGCAGUCUUGGAAGGACAAGAGGCUUUCAUAUUCUGGAAUCCCAUUAAAUCUGACCCUUGACAACAGAGUAGCUGACCAACUCUGGGUACCAGACACCUACUUUCUCAAUGACAAGAAAUCAUUUGUGCAUGGGGUCACAGUGAAAAACCGAAUGAUCAGGCUGCAUCCUGAUGGAACUGUUCUCUAUGGACUACGGAUCACAACCACUGCAGCAUGUAUGAUGGAUCUUCGAAGAUAUCCUCUAGAUGAGCAAAACUGCACCCUGGAGAUUGAAAGUUAUGGCUAUACCACUGAUGACAUCGAAUUUUACUGGAAUGGAGGAGAGGGAGCCGUAACUGGGGUCAAUAAAAUUGAGCUUCCCCAAUUUUCAAUUGUUGACUACAAGAUGGUGUCCAAGAAGGUGGAGUUCACAACAGGGGCAUAUCCACGACUAUCACUAAGUUUUCGUCUAAAGAGAAACAUUGGUUACUUCAUUUUGCAGACCUACAUGCCUUCCACACUGAUUACAAUUCUGUCCUGGGUGUCGUUUUGGAUCAACUAUGAUGCAUCUGCAGCUAGAGUCGCCCUAGGAAUCACCACGGUGCUGACCAUGACCACCAUCAGCACACACCUCAGGGAGACCCUGCCGAAGAUCCCUUAUGUCAAAGCGAUUGACAUCUAUCUCAUGGGAUGUUUUGUGUUUGUGUUCCUGGCUCUCCUGGAAUACGCUUUUGUAAACUACAUUUUCUUUGGAAAAGGCCCUCAAAAAAAGGGAGCGAGCAAACAGGACCAGAGUGCCAAUGAAAAGAACAGACUGGAGAUGAACAAAGUCCAGGUUGAUGCCCACGGCAAUAUUCUCCUCAGCACCCUGGAAAUCAGGAACGAGACCAGUGGCUCCGAGGUGCUCACAGGUGUAAGUGACCCCAAGGCCACCAUGUACUCAUACGACAGCGCCAGCAUCCAGUACCGCAAGCCGCUGAGCAGCCGCGAGGGCUUCGGGCGUGGGCUGGACAGGCACGGGGUGCCCGGCAAGGGGCGCAUCCGCAGGCGAGCCUCGCAGCUCAAAGUGAAGAUCCCCGACUUGACUGACGUAAACUCCAUAGACAAGUGGUCCCGAAUGUUCUUCCCCAUCACCUUUUCUCUUUUUAAUGUCGUUUAUUGGCUUUACUAUGUACACUAAGGUCAGUCUCGUGGUUCGGUUUAGACUACCUUCCUCUUCGCUUGUUUUUUAACCCCACAGAUUCCCAACAGCGGUAACUGCUGUGGUUUUUGAGGUAAGAGAUUCAGCCUUCCAGUUGGUUUUCGAUCUUGUGUGUCAGUUUUUAUUAUCACACCAUGUUUACUUCAACAACAACAACAACAACAACAACAACAGCAAAAGGUAUAUUUUCCUGUCUACUGUGGUCCAAGGUACGAGCUCUGUAAGAGUUCCAUCAGUUGCUUUGUUUACAAACACAAAGAGAGAGGUGGGUGGGUGGUAGAUAUUGUUGGCAGUCUUUCUUAGUUACCCUGGAUCUUACUGGAUUAUUUUUAAAUGAAAAUGUACAGUGGACCUUGCUGUCCACCUGCACUGUGUUCUGGGUAAACUGUAACCAUCUCAUGAUGCCAAAAAAUUAAAUAGAAAUUUAAAAAAAAGGGAAAAAAGAAAACAACUUGAGCAUCUCAGAAGAAUAAAGCCAUUGACAAGUUGCAGACUUCCAGGAAGAGGGUAUAUAAAACUGACAGUUCCAAUCCACUCAAAUUCUUCUGAGCCCUUUCCAGAAAGUUCGGAGCUCCAUAGAAGAGGGACACUAAAGCUUGUGCUUCUUCCCACUUUUUCCCCAAACUCACCCUAUUGUGUCCAUCUGACAAUGACCAUGGGUAUUCCUUACAAUGGUCCUCUCUCAGACUGCCCAAAUGUUCAAAGUCAACAUUAGAAUCCAGCCUGAUCUAAUUGGUAGUCACGGAAACCAUUUUUCUUUACUUCUCAAGAGUAAAGAAUUGGGGGGAACGAUAGUUUUCCUUCCUGUCUGUUAUGGGGAGCAGCCCCAACUGUCCUUCAUGAGCCUUGGAAUCACUUGACAUGAAAACAUAUGAUCAUUUUCCACAGUUCCUGCUUCAGAGAGAAGGAAAGGAUAUGUGGGGUACAGCUAGUGAGGGAGGGCUUUGAAGGAGGUGGAGCCCAAUUUUUUCCUUGAGGAAAAAAAAAAUGCUAUUUCCCUGAAGAAGGCAAGACUUACAUGUUAUGUAAAAGGUGCCUGGGCAGUUAUCUAUCUGCACUGCCAAAUCUUAAGUCAAAUUGUAUGUAUUUCUUAGCCUUCCAGAGAGCAGUGUCUAACAGUGGCGAGCUCAUCACAUAGGACUCUGCGGGCACUUUUUGCUUCUGCUCUCUGAACUCUGCCUUUCAAGCUACUAAAUGAAUGGCCCGGGGAAAUGCUGACCCUCCACAUCAAUGUCUUCCUCCAAAGCCAGAUUUCCAGGUUAAGAAAAGCUUUAAAGUAUAGCCAAAUCACAGAAAGAAAAGAAACUCUGAAAGGGCAACACGCUGAGCCGUUAGCCACGCCCACCAGCCCCUGAGGCGUGGACCUGAGGUGUCUCCACUCAUUCAUCCCUGUCAUUAUGGCACUGCCCCAUCUCGCUCGUGGAUUAUUCUGGGUUGUGGUUCUCAUGACUUUCAGUAAAGCAACGCAAUUCUAAACACGCUCAACAAGUUACUGUUGAGUUCUUCCCGUUUUGCAGCAUUAAAAUCUCAUUUUCUUCUGGUCUGAGUUGUAAAAUGAUCUAUGUUUAUUUGCAAGGCUGAGUGAGAGUGCAAAUUGACCAGCUGUGGAUGGAGGCCAUGUUGGCACGAUCCAGGCAUGGAACCGCAGGGCUAAUCAGGAUGACAGGAUGACUGCCUCAUUUGAAGCUCUAGCUCUCCUCUGAGAAGAGAAUCGAUGUGCAGAGUAGUGUGAGCUGCUAACAAUUAUAGUCACAAUUGAAAAGGAGAGGCUGGAAUUUAUAUUAAGGAGCCCGAGAGGAGAAUAUAAAAUAUUCAUUUAGAAAGCAAGAGGGAAAGAGAAACCUUAAAUAAGUGAAUGUGGCUGGAUGUACUAACAGACAUUAGUAAAAAUAUCAAAAUCCCGCUAUCCCUUAAACAAAACAAAACAAAACUGAUCACAGCUAUUUCAUGAGGAGUGCUAGGAUUUUGAAGACAAAUUUUCAGUUAGGUUUUCAGGUGUGUGAACACACCUCCCUAGUUGAGCUAACCUCAACCUGGGGUCACAGGGUCAUCUUCGUAAAAAGCUCUGCUCAGCUUCCAGCAAGCCGGGAUGCUUUGCCACGGACAAUCCCUGGACAAGGUAGAACAUGAUCUGUCAGUAGUGGGAAGUUCCUAAUACCCAAGAGUCACUAAACAGUCACAGGAAUGGAUAUUAGGUGCCUGAUGCUGAACAGACAUUAAUCAUUCUGAUGUCAAAGCUCUUUUAGUGGCUUUCAAGAAAGAAAAACUAAAUCAGAAAGUGUCUAUUUAGAUCUCAUACAAGAUUGGGAUAGUUUAUGUUUUCAGCACUGUAUCUUCCUUUUUAAAAUCUAAAGUGAUUUUGUUAUAGUUUUAGACAUAAAGCAUCUUUUGCAUAAAAAGGGAAACAAAAUUUAAACUUUUCCUACAUUUUAACCUUUUAAAAUGUAAAAUGUUUAGGCCUGAAUUGCCUACUGGGCAUGAAAUGGUAUGUGGAUCACAACCACCAUUAUGCAAAUCUGACUACAAGGUGCUGGUGUCAGAGACAAAAGACACCUGAAGCUUCUAUUGCAUCCAGGAACGCUGUCUUGCUUGUGGGUCAUGAUCUUUGUCCUACCUUCUGAUCACCUCCCAGACUAAUCCAUUCUUCUCUGCUCCCUUCCCAAGGCAAACCCUGAUAGGGAAGCACCUUCCUUCUCCCUCUUCUUUGCCAAAAAUGAUGUAAAUCACACAUAAAAGUCAUAAAACAUUCAUAAAUGCCCUCUCGCGGUCCCCAUUCUUGAAAGACUCAGAUUACAUUAUACAAUAAUAUUAUAUACUAAUAGUUAGUUAUUUAACUAUUAUUGAGUCAAUUUCCUUUUGCUAUGAAAAUAGCCAUAAUCCCCUGCACCAAGGAACAGAAGAGACUGAAAACUGCAGACUGUCUCUCUUAUGCCUCAUUUACAUCCAGAGAACCCUAUGUGUCACAGUUUGACAGUGGGACAGAUCAUGUGGAAGACUUAACCGGCUGUGGGCCCAGUAGACAUCCGAACCUUUUACUUGACAACUGUGACUGCUCAUAAAACAUCUGGUAUUCCUUAUGCUUGGCAAUUCUGUGAGGCAGAGAUCCAGGUAAAGGCUUAUUUCUGCUUGAGUGAUCCAGGAUCAGUAUCUCAAUCUCCUCUGUUGCCAAACAGCAACAGCAGCUGGCUGGCAAGUCUGCUGAAUGAAUAAUCUGUGUUUGUGUAGACAUGCAUAAAGUAUAUCUAUAUACUUUAUUGUACACUACAAUCAAUGAUGGAUUUUUUAAAUGAGAAAAAUAUGGUACAGAGGAAAGGAGUAAUGGCUUUAGGUCCUAAGAAAAAUGGACUUUCCUUUAAGAAAGCCAUAGAAAAUUCACAAAAAUUCCAUCUUCCUAAAACUAAUGACUAUUUUAUAAAUAUCCAUUGUUUUAUUACAAUCUGCCAAGUUAAAUGAAAAGGAAACAGAAUAAUCUUUCUAGAAAAAAAAUAUGAGAUUUCUCAUGUCCAAAAUUUUGGACAGUAUCUUGUCAAAGGGGUGAUAUGCCACCAUUUGUUUCUUAAAGCAUAAUCAUUUAUCCUAGGCAGGGGUGAAAGGAGCAUGCAACCACUUGCUCAAGAUGGUUGAAUCUGCAGUUUCUGGACUGAACAGAAGAGAAAAACACCCAUAUAUCUGAGAGAAAACACAAAGGUCCCUUUGUUAAUGGAAUGGAGACUACUGUGUAAACUUCCUUGUAAAUUCUGUACAUAGUUCACUGAACUGUCCCCUGUGGUAUGGUGGUCCUCAACUUUGGGUGGAUGUUUGGAAAACCGGAGCACUGUAAAUAUAAGCUUAUAAAGCCUUUGCUUUUUAUUCAUGAGGUAAAAUGAUUAGUGAUUCGGGCCCAAACCAGAAUCUCUCCAGCUCUUGCUCUUUCAUGCGUGCAGUUGUGUGACUCUGCUGUAAGCCAUAGCCAGGUGUCUGUGAUCACUGCCUCAUGCCUUUACCCACUGACAGGGACAGCAGCUCCCUAGAAGGCUGCCAACCUGCGGGGCCAAAGAACAGAGCACCAGCAGAAACCAGAUCUGGGACAAUCUGCUUCUUGAGCAGUCGUUAAAAAAAAUAAUAAUAAUAGAUAAGUGGUUUUCAGUCACUGUGGCUAUUUGUAUCAUCAAGAACUGAAUUACCAAUGCUGCUUAAGGGGUCAGGGAUGGAAGCGAUGUUCUAAUUCCACAGGGAAUCCAAAGCUUCAUUUGUGCCAAUAGCUUUCACUUCUAACUUUUCCACUUUGUCUUAUUGAACUUCUAUUAAAAACUAAAUAUGAAUAGAAUGCAUGGGUCUGAUCAGGGUGAACAGUAAAUAUCCAAAGGAUAGGCAGGGGUACAGGUAGAGACGAUAAAUGGCCUUGGUAGUGCUAGGUGGCAGAUUCAUAUGUGAGAGAUACACGGGUAUCUAUGUUCUUACUCUAGACAAAAGUUUCUGGUGUGAACUGAUAGAGAAAUCAAAGUCGGGAAUUUAACUUGAGAAAGGGUUGUGUACGGUGGAAGCUACUUGAGUUUGAAGAACCUGGUAACUGUUUCCAGGUACUAUUCCCUCCAAAUGUUCAGUCCUUUCACAAGUCUCCUGGGUGUGGGUUGUUACAGCACAGAAUGAGCUUCCCUGCGUGCUGGAAAUCCCAGAGAGGUAGCCGGCACCAGCAGAAAUUCAGACUAGCCAAGCAAUUAAAGACAGAGAUUAGUUUCUUAGUGCAGGAGGGAAAGCUGUCCUUGAAGGGAAAAUUCUUUGUGUCAUUUUAAGUGUUAGGAGAGUACACACCAGGAGCCAUUACUUUGGGACAUUUUAAUUCCAAGAUGUGACCCACCCCUGGCUAAACACACAAAACACACCUUGUUGGAACUAAUCCAUUCUGCCAGUUUUCAGGCUAGAACAUAUUGUGAUUUCUACCUUAGCUUUUCUUCAGAUAGCAUAUUAUCUGGAAUGAUUGAAAAUGUAAUGGUUGAAAGCUGCUGAAGCAAGUGUUUGAUAGAAGUUCUUUUUAAUAAAAGAAUUACAAACCAGAAAAUAUUAAAUUCCUAGCAGGGUAAAAAUAAGGGUUUUCUGUUUGUUUUGACAUCUCCUAUGGCAGACAUUUCCCAUUAAAAUUGAAGAAGUCUAACAGGAUUUUCUUCUUGUUUUUCUCUUACCUGUUUAGAAGCCUUUGGCUUAUUAAGGGACUCACAUCAAGAGACUCAGAACCAUUUUUGAUUGAUUCCCAUACUUUUUGCAAUUCAUGAAUGUAUCAAAAAAAAAAAGUCCAGUGGGAAUGCAAGUUGGGAAAAUUGAUACUCCUGAGCCAACUAAGAAGGAGAAGGAAUUCCACUCUCCAGACCUGCACUACCUGCACAUCACGUCUUGUGGACAAUCAGAGCAAGUCAGUCCAGACAAGAGAGGCCAAAUACCCUUGUUCGUUUGCCUUAGGGACACAGAGUUACAGAUUCAUUCAUUAAUCCCAUCUCGUUCCAAAGCCAAAGGAUGAACAAGAGCAGUAUUAUCUGGCUCUUGCUUAUUCCCAGGCUUCCCUGUGAAGAGAAACAGGAACCAGGAGACACUCUCAGAUAUAUUUUAUAUAUUCAAAUAACUAAAAUAUGUAUAUUUUGCAAUCUCGGUUUUUAUAAAAUAGAUGAAAUCUUCUGUCUUAUUCUUUCCCAACUAUACACCCAAUAGAAUCAAUUCCAUUCCUCUAUUUAUUCUUCAUUUCAUUUCUGAAGCUUAUAUGCUAUCUUGCUCAUACUUAGAUGGCAACUUCAGUCUUUGGACUUACAUUGUAUUUCUUCAUUUAACUCAUGAACAAUGAAUUAUAACAAUUCUUCCAAAUUCCUACUCAUAAUGCCUUUAAAAGGGCUUCAGAGGCAAGACUUUUAAUCAUGGCCACCUCUGAAUGCCCUUGAAUUAUUUUUCUUUCUGCUCUUUAUGUAAAGAGUACACACAUUUACAAAAGUCUUCUCUCUCCAAACUUAUUCCAAAGUACAGAAGAAAUGAAAAUAAUAUACUUAGACCUAUAGAUGAUUACAUUAUCUAGACCAGAACUUAAAGUUAUGGCUUUUUUCAAGACAUUAUGGUAGCAUAGUAAAUUUAUGUUUUUCUAUGUGUAGACUCCCCUAGUCUUAAUUAUAUGGUAUUUAAAUUUUUCCUAUUAUUCUUCCCAGAAUCUCUUAUCACUCAAGUUGUACAACAGUGGUUAUAGAUAAUCACUUAGGAAUUGGACCUAUUUCAUCAUUUCAGUACCCCAUCCUAGACUUUCAGUUCAUAUAUUUCACCUCACCUACUCCCCCAUCUCAACCUUCUAGCAGAUUCUACAAAGUUGGCAAUUGCAGAAACCAUUAGGCGCUGUGCAUUUCCUCCAUAAAGCAUCUCUAUAGACUUAGAGAUAUAUAAGAUAUGUAUAGACAGAGUUCUCUAAACAUAUAGCAAACAAUAUGCCCUGUAAUAUUGAAAGAGUAACAGUAUGUGGUGAGGAGAGCCAGGAGAUAAGAUGACAGACACCUUGGAAUGAGAAUGGAAGUAUGCAUCUACCCAGGACUUUGACUCUUGACAUACCCAUUGAUGAUUUCAAGUUCUCUUUCAGAACCAAGUUUCAAGGUUAUUUUAGAGAGGCUCAUUUACACUGGAGUUUAACCAAAUGAUGCAGGUUCACCAUAGACCUUGUUGAUGCAGCCUCACAAAUCUAAUAACAGUCUUUGUCUCAUGCCUUUAAGAGUUAGCCACAUGGUGUCCAGUGAAUUGACUAUUAGUCAUAUUUCUUCCAAACCUCUACUUUUAAAAUAUCCUAUGUCGCAAUCUUCCAUCUUAGAAAAGUACCUUUAAGGGACUUUCACACAUCAUCCAUCCAUAUGAUAUGGUCUCCAAUUUUAGAUCUUGGGAAUUUUAGCUAUUCUUAAACCAUCCUCUGUAACUUAGUCAAGAAAAAGCCAUACAAUCCUCCCUCUUGGAUGGAAGGCCAUCUUCUAGGCAGUGUCUGAACCUAAAUUCAUUCCAGAUAUAACCAUUUUAAACUUCACAUUUCUCUAUGUCCGUAAAUGACAUGAGCAAGUGUAUUUGAGCUUGCACGCCAGAUGCAGUUAUCCAUCUAGAUGAGAGACUCUUGAGUUCUUAGAAGCUGUUACACAGCCUUCCUACCCUUGUCCUUUUGUUUCCUGCUACACUACUCUACCAAAUUGGUCUGAUAUUUUAGAUACAGCCAUAGCAAAAAGUUAAAGUUUAUUAAGUUGUGAUUGGCCUCACAGUUGUUCUCCAGCCAGUGCACAUGACCACCAAAGUAAUUUCUGCAAGUAUUCCUAACUUUUGCUGAAUGUUUACGAUUAUCCUGGGAGCCUUCUAACUGUUGAAAAUUGUUACGAUAAUGUUUUCCCAUCCAAUUGCCUAUGUCUGUGGAUCUGUCAUAUAUGGCUUUGUG